GGACGACAGAGUGAAUAACAGAGCAGAUGAUGGCACGAAUGAGAGAUACUAUGAACUCAUUGGCAGCAACGGACCAAACUUCGGGCAAUGUACUAAAUGUAGAGGUCAACUCAAUAUCCACUCCUAGGGAUAGACCCGAGGCUGAGGGACCUCAGUCGAAGGUUCCAAAGAAUCAAUAGUACUUCAUCACCAAUUAGGAGAUACUGACGAGCCAAACGAUGGCAAUGCCUUAGUGAAGAAGAGAACUAAUGUGUUACUUCUUGGUGAUCGCCUUGGAGAUCUAGGAAUGUCUGAUGGUUUGAACUAUGAGAACCAAAUUGUUGUUGGAUUCUUAAUUCCAUGGGAAAGACUAAUCUAUAAAGGAUGGGCCUCGCAUGCAACACAUGUGAGAGUUCUUUGGGAAGUCUUUUGUAUAAGAGUCCCUCCAGAAAAGGUGAAUGUUAACUUGGCUGGACUGCCUGCACUAGUGCUGCCAUGUGGAUUGAUUGAAGGUGGACCCGCUAGCCUUCCUAUUGGACUGCAAAUGAUUGGUGCUGCCUUUGAUGAGGUAUUGAACUACCUUUCUUGUUGCUGAGAACAUGUUGUUUCUGGUUCAAUGACUG